AUGACGGCUCAUAUUCCAACCUGUGCAGAGGAGGGGGUGUGUGGGGGGUGCAACCAGGGCCAGUGCCCCCCGCUGGGGUCAUGCCCCGGGGGCAUCACGUGGGACGCGUGCGGCUGCUGCGAGGUCUGCGCAAAAUCUCUGGGUGAGGAGUGUGGUGGGCCGUACAGCGCCUACGGGCAGUGUGGCCUGGGGCUGACCUGCCUCAAGGACCAGCGCGAGUGUCCGUACCUCUUCCACCCUCAGGGGUUGUCUGCUUACGGCAACACCGACGUCUGCAAGCAGUAUCUCUUCAACGCCAUCGGACGAUGCGUGCAAGAACGAAGGCUUCGCAUCAGAGGCUUCUCUCUCCUCAAAGGUUAACUUAACCCACGACCUGACUUUGACUUCAAACCUUGGUUCUGGCGUUGAAUCCGACGUUCUGUACCUGGCUGGACUAGUAAACUGACGACUGGAAUAUUCUAAUUGCAGGUCUUUUGUUCAAAAACGUUUCUUAUCCGAAAACAACUUAUUCAGAGUAUAAAGUAUGCCAUUAAAAUAUUAUAAAUUUAAUUAAUACGGUGAAAUUAAUUUAUGAUGCCGCGAAUUAAAUAAAGACACAUUAUUAUUCAGUGUGCAAGCCAGCAAAGCCUCGAAAUGAAAAUGCAGUUUUAGCAAAUUCCCAGUACAUUAUUUGUGAUGCAACUACAAGACUUCGUAUACGUAUUAUUAUUCUACGUAUUAUUCUAGGAAAAUAAAUGAAACGCCAAGAAAUUUUCGAAGCUAACAGUGACUCAUAAGAUAAUUAAUCAUCACAACCUUUAAUUAUGAGAGCUCGAAGAAAAUAACGGCAAAUAUUUAUAUAAAUAUUAACCGUACAUGAACAAUGAGACACAAAUUUUGUUCUAUGAUCGAAAGGUACGACAACUUGGGCAGCGACCCUGUCGUAUUACGCGUAGAUCUCAUUAAUCAGAUGGCAGCAGAUCAUGCCAUUUAUAACCAUUUCAAUAUGGGCAAGUGUGAUGAAAUGGCAUUUUCUCUAUUAAAAAGUGUAACUGCAUUGUUCCUUGAAAUUACACUAUUGUCAUGCAACUU